CGAAAGUCAACGUUUCUGAUUGGUCAAUAUCAAUGAAAGUAAAUUUAGAUUUGUUGAGGAUCUCCGGAAUAAAUCUUAUGCAGAGUUUACCAGUUGCUAAAGAAACCGAUUUAUUCACUUUCUGGUAAGAAAGAUCAAUCACCAGUGCUGAAUAUGGGACUCUCAUCAUUCAUUGAUGAUUAUGAUGAAGUUUGGAAGAUUAAAAUGGGAGACAUAAGAACCCAAGAUUGGUUCAUGAUGACAUCACCCAUACCUACCAUUUUUAUCAUCAUGGGUUAUCUGGCAUUUGUACAUAAAGGACUUCGAUGGAUGAAAAAACGAGAGGCUUAUGAUUUAAAAAGAAUUCUACAAGUUUAUAAUUUUUGCUUAAUAUUGGUGAAUGCCUAUAUAUUUUAUGAGUUUUUUGUAUCAGCAUGGACGAAUCCCAAAGUAGAUAAAUUUUGUGCACCUGUUGACAAGUCUGAUGAUCCUCUCUCUCUCAGGUUGGCCAAUGCAGUAUGGUGGUUUUACUUCUCAAAGAUCAUUGAGUUAAUGGAUACUGUUUUCUUCAUAUUGAGAAAGAAGAAUACACAGGUUACCUUCCUCCAUGUUUAUCAUCACUCUACCAUGCCAGCUAUAUGGUGGAUUGGUGUUUUCUUUGCACCUGGUGGUGAAGCUUACCUGUGUGCCAGUAUCAACAGUUUUAUCCACAUUCUGAUGUACAGUUACUAUUUCCUGUCAUCCCUAGGACCACACAUGCAGAAAUAUCUCUGGUGGAAGAAAUACAUGACUACACUUCAACUGGUACAAUUCUGGUGGAUAAUGUUCCAUACAGUCUAUGCUAUUAAUCUGAGCUGUGGCUUUCCAAACAAAUUCAAUUGGGCCUUGGUGGUGUACGAUUUAUCCCAUAUCGUACUGUUUACAAACUUUUAUUACCAGACCUACACUAAGAAGGAAAGAAGACUUAAAUUAGAACAACAGAUGCUAGCCAAAGUGGAGGAGAUCAAAGGCAAUAAAAUGAACUAAAGAGUAAAUGAAAAGUUUGACAUGAAAAGAUCACAAAGGAGUAUGGUCUGUAAGGGCCUUAUUUGGAUCCAAAUAUUAAGUCCAUUUUUACAAAAUAAAAAAUACUUCAAGUUGAGGAAAAGACAUAAAAAUGUUAAAUAGAACUAUUUUUGGUCAAACUUUAUGCAUAAAGUAUUGAAAUGUAUAUUCCAAGUAGACCAAAAGUAGAGAUUUUUUGAAAGUUGACAACAUUGGCUGGAUUUUAACCAAAAUUCAGUCUAGGAUACAUAGAGUACAGCAAUUGACACAUAAAAUAUUCAAAUCAGAGUUGUACUUGAAUAUAUUAACUUAUUUUUAAAAUAUCAU